AUGAGAGAAAUCUCAAGAAAAUAUAAUAUAAACAUAUGUCAAAGCAAAUUAAAAGAAGGAAGUAAAAGCAAACUCAAAUACCAAAAACCAUUUAUUUAACAAUAAUAAUAGAAGGAGAUAAAAAUUAUGCUAUUCAUUAAAAUUUAAUAUUAGUAACAAAAAAAACAUGAAUCUAGAACUAUUCAUAGAAGAAAACAAUAUGAAUUCUUUAAAGAAAUCAAUAAUUUAAAAGUAGAUUCUAUUGAAUUUGAUUAAUCAAAAGAUAAUUGUGAUUCUAAAGAUAUUGAAAAUUAGAAUAUUCCAUAAACUGAUAUAUUAGAGGUUUAAUAGAAUGGAAUGAGCUUUUAAGCAUUUUCAGAAUGUGAUUUCUUAGGCAUUUCUUAUCAAAUUUGGGGACCAAAUCAGAGUAUCCCAAAAGAGUUGUGGAAUUUAAUCUAAUCUAUAAUAAUACCUAAAUAGAUGAGAAUUGCAUUCUAUAAAAAAUAACAAUCGAAAUCCUCAUUAAAGGAGAUUAAGAAUGCUUGCAAAGGCCAUUUGAUAAUGAUUGAUCUUAGAAACAGCUGUUGA